AUGGAAGCCUCAGCGCCUACGUCCGAAUUGACCACCGUGCCAACACCAGAACCUGCCGCCGCCGUUGCACCUCCAGUUUUCUUUCGUGCCGGCAAGAAGAAGAGAGCCUUUCGUCAGCGAGCCGAGGAAACGAGCAUAGAGCCAACAGCACAGACAGAAUCAGCAACGACUAUCAAUAUUGGCAACGAUGCGACGCCAACAGGCCAGGCUGCAGCUUCAACAACCGAGCCAGCAGCUUCUGCGACAGUAGCGACAGCGACAACAACAACAACAACAACAACAGCAGCAGCAGGAAAACGCGAUGGUGGAAAUGACAAAGAAGAAGGCGGUCUCUCUGUCGCGGAGGUGCUACGGCUGCGAAACGCGAAGAAACACAGACUAGGCGGCGUCGCCUUCCGAGCUGGUGACGAGUUCAGCCCGACAGUGCAGAAUGCUGAGCAAGCAAUAGUCCUGCACGACGGCGUCGGAGGCGGAAGCGGAGGAGGCCAAGUGCAGGAAGCUGCUAUUCUUGGCGGAGUAGCCAAGCGCUUUGCGCCACAGACUGGUAUGGUCGGCGAGCUGGUCAACAGGCACAUGGAGGAAUACAUAGAAUCCGAGCUGGCUAGACGAAAGCGGCUCGCCGCGGAAUACCGGGCACAGCAAGAAGGAGGAGGACAGAACGGCAGCAGUAAUGCGAUGGCGACAACAACAACGAGUGGUAUGACGAAUCUCCUCCAGGCCGAUCCGACGCUGAGCGUGGGCGGCGGAAAGGUCGAGUCUCAGCGAGCUCUCCAUGGCAAGCUUAUGGAGAUUGAUCUGGGCGAGGAAGCGCGCGCUCGCAACAUUGCGGAGACGGAGCGCGCGAGACGCCGACUCGAAGGCCAGAUCCUGGAGGAGGAAGAGGACGCGGAUGGGCGUCGCAAGAAGGUGCGCCUUGGCCCUGACGGGAAGCCGUGGCGGUCGAGGAAUCGCAGGGAUAGCGACGCCCUGAAGCGAGAUCAGCAAGUGGAGGAGUUCUUACGAGAGAACAGAUUGGACGUUUACGACGUGCCCUCCGACCAGCCCGAGUACGCCGCGGGCCUAGAGGACGACGAGAUGGCCGCCGACGACCGCAUUGCCGAAGAGUUCCGACGCGACUUUAUGGACGCCAUGUCGCAGCGACACCGGCGCAGGAGACCGGCUGUCAACGCCACCGCCAGGCCUUCGGCCAGGAACCAGGACGCCGAGAUCCUCAGGGGUCCCAAGCUGGGCGGUAGCCGCAAUGCCAGAGCGGCUAUGCGAGAGAAGUUACUCAGGGAGCAGGAGCAGCAGAAGAGGCGCUGA